CCUGUUUUAAUAGAAGUCAGCUCACUGACUGAGGCAGAGAAAAUCCUAAACCGGAUUAGUGAUGGAGACUCAGACAUAGAUUUGUCAGAUGAGGAGGACCAAGAGGGACAGAUUGACGGUGAUUUUGAGGUCGGGAGUUCAGAGGAUGAGGCAUCAAGUGAGGAAGAGGAGAGUGAAAUUGAGGAUGCAAGGGCCCGUCGCCCACUUUGGACCAAAACUAACACAUUCCUGCCUGUGCUGGAAGACUCCGGAGAGGUUGUCUGUACUGCCCCAAACCGUGUAGACUGGCCACCAUCAAAAUACUUUGAGCAGUACAUUGACAACAAAGGUUUUGAGGACAUGUCCUUUUGCACAAACCAGAGACAGAUUCAGGUGUCAGGCUCAAGUCUGAAUACAACACCUGAGGAGAUUAAGACCUUCUUUGGAGUCUCGGUGUACAUGGCAUGCCUUGGUUACCCAAAAAUCAAAAUGUAUUGGGCCAAAAAAACAAGAGUGCCAACAGUUGCUGAGUCCAUGACAAGGGAUCGCUUUUUCAAGAUCAGAUGUUCUCUGAAAAUCACUAAUGAUCUUGAUGUAACUGAAGAGGAGAGGAAGCUAAAUAUGCUUUGGAGAGUCAGUACACUUCUGAAGAAGGUGCAACAAGGCUGCCUAAACCUUCCCAGGCCAGGAAAUGUUUCCAUUGAUGAACAAAUGAUUCCCUUUACUGGUCGAUGUCCAGUCCGUCAAUUCGUUCCUGGCAAGCCAAAUCCAACCGGAUUGAAGGUGUUUGUUCUCGCUACUCCAACUGGAAUUGUAUUGGAUUUUGAAGUCUACCAAGGAAAAAACACCUUCGUCGGCAGAGACGCAGGACUUGGAAUAGGAGCAAAUGCAGUUCUUCGGUUGACUGAGUCCAUUCCCAGGGGAACUCACCUGUACUUUGACAGGUACUUCACCUCAAUAAAACUACUGGAUAAAUUCUAGAAAUGGGUCUUCCUGCAAGUGGAACACUGAUGAAAAAUAGACUCCCAAAGGAUUGUAACAUUACAUCUGAUAAAGAGUUGUUGAAACAAGGAAGAGGCUCCUCCGUAAUGGUGACAAGGAAGCAUCCUGAGCUGGCUGUGACAAAAUGGGUUGACAAUAAACCUGCACUCAUGGCAUCUACAGUGCAUGGAAUAGAGCCCCAGGAUACCCGGACCAGAUGGUCACUGAAAGACAAAAGGCAUGUUCAAGUGUCCAGACCUGCAGUGGUGGCAGAGUACAACACCAACAUGGGUGGGGUUGAUAUGUGUGAUAGAAUGCUUAGCUUUUAUAGAAUGGCUAACCGCACAAGGAAGUGGACUGUACGCACAAUCCUACACUUCUUCGAUCUGGCCAUCACCAACUCCUGGUUACAGUAUAAGGAAGACAGCCAAGCUUUGGCACGACCUAUGAAGAAAACUCUCCAAUGCCAUGACUUCAAACUGCUCUUAGGUGAGGAACUGAUUGCCCAGGGGCAGUCAGGCCAACACAAUCCAAUUGAAUCUGAUGCGUCGAAUGAUGAGGAGUACGUUCCAUCACAGAAGAGAAGGAGGCCCCAGCCAGAUAAGGAAGUGAGAAAGUAUGGAGCUGUCCACUUGCCACAGAUGAUGGACAAUCCUAAUACUUCCAGGUGCAGAGCAGAAGGAUGCACUGGAAAAACCUACAUAAAGUGCAUCAAAUGCAAUAUGUACCUCUGCAUCUCAAAGAAGAAGAACUGCUUUAUGGACU